CAUGCACCGCGAGCGCGGCCACGCGCGCCGCCCGCACCAAGCAGCCGUCCGGGCUCCCGGGUGAAGGAGAGAGGGUUCGGCACGGGACCCGGCAGCGCUGGGAGGAGGCGACGGCGGCGGCGGCGUCCCGGAAGGCUGGGCCGGGGUGCAAUGGCAGCCUCCUCCUCGUCCUCCUCGGCCGGUGGAGUCAGUGGCAGUUCCGUGACAGGGUCGGGGUUCAGCGUUUCGGACCUGGCGCCGCCCCGGAAAGCUCUCUUCACUUAUCCCAAAGGAGCCGGGGAGAUGCUGGAAGAUGGCUCUGAGAGGUUCCUCUGCGAGUCUGUGUUCAGCUUUCAGGUUGCAUCGACGUUAAAACAAGUGAAGCACGGGAACAGCCUGACAUCCUGUUUGAACCUCUGCUUCCCUGCCGGGCCCUUUGCCCUCACCCAGGUGCCUGUGACCCAGCAAUGGGCUUGGCUGCGUCACAGCUUUGGUUCUCACAGAGCCCAGCAGCAGAUCCUGUCUGCUGCUUGAGGGUCACAUCCUUUCUGGUCCCCGCCUCUUGUCAGCCAGAUUGGUACUUCCACCUGUUGUCUCUGAGCGGAGAGGUUUCCUGUCCUACUCCGGUUGGUGGGGCGUGCAGCAGCUUGCAAGGCCCCGAUCCUGUAUUUCUGCACCAGAAAGCAAAGCUGAGCUCCAGAGCCAUUGUUUCCACAGCUCUGCUGUGGCUGUAGCUACCAGGGGCUGCUACACAGCCUGGCACCCCGAUAAACACAAGCCUUUGGAACUGUGGUGCACCUCCCUGUUUUCUCCCUGUAAGAAAGGUGAAGGGCUUAAAAAAAAAAAAAAAAAAAAAAAAGAUUGAGGUCAUCAAUUUUUGGCUUGUUUGUUUGACAGUUCCCAAAAGGGUGCAGGAGGUGGAGUGAGAACAGCCCCUCUUAAAAGCACCCACUGCUGCAGUCAGCAUAAAUCACACUCAGUUUAUGUUGCGCCUCUUGCUAGCCCUGGGCCGUCUCUCCAGGAGGCUGCAGUGAGCUUACAGCACUGUUAAGACUUCCAGCAGAGCUGGGAGAAGGGAUAUUCCCAUCUCUGCACCACUGCAGCACAUUUAACUGCAAAUGUGUGCCCAACACACAACUGGUUAUAAAUAAACCUGAGAGGAAGAUGCUGUCUGGGGACCUUCCUCUCAUUAGCAGGCUCUGGUUGCAGAGCCUCUCUGCCACACACAUCCAGGUCCUCCUCCAAGGACCUUUGUCAAAGUCAC